AUGGUGGAAAAUAGCCUUGAACAAGCACUCAGGAAUUUCCAUCGCUGCUUUUAUGAGAAGGGUGUUCUGGAUCAUAAUUUUGAGAAUGUUAAGAGAUCAGAAGCUCAAGGAAAUCUUAUCGAAGUGGUCACCAAGUUCAUCAAUACUGUUGAUGUUUUCAUGGAGGAAACAACCGGGCUCAUGAAUGAACCCGAACUGGACUAUGAAACUUUAAAUAGCCAUCUUCAUCGGCUCCAAGGAAGGAGUGCGAGCAUUGGUGGUUGUCGGAUGGCUGCAGCUUGUCGUGACGUUCGACAAGCUAUUGAUGCUGGGGACAAGGCAAGUUAA